AUGCCAUUCACUGAGGUGACUUCUGAUGCCCACUUCACGGAGCUGACCACGUCGGUCUCUCCUUCGACUCUCAUAGCUCUUUAUUUUCACACUCCUUGGGCCGAUCCAUGUGUUCAAAUGAACACUGUUUUCAAAUCUCUUUCAGAUAUCUAUCCUCAACAUUUGUUUGUAAGCGUGAAUGCUGAUGAGUUUCCUGAUAUUUCCGAGUCUUUCGAUGUCUCUGCUGUGCCAUUUAUUGUUUUCUUGAGAGAGAGUACUAUUAUUAAGGAGUUGUCUGGAGCAAACCCCAAAGAGCUCGCCAGCACUAUUCAAUCAUUAACUGGCGGUUCUCAUCCAUCGGCUGAAAAGGGCGCUACUUCUUCUAACGGUACAACAGCUGCUAACUCAAGUAGUACCGGUCCUUCAUUCGUGCCUUCUGGUCCUUCUGCUACUCCUUCCAAUGAAGAAGAAGAGACUGAGGAAGAGCUUAACAAACGUCUUACAAAAUUAAUCAACGCUGCUCCAGUAAUGCUCUUCAUGAAGGGAACACCUGCUGAGCCCAAAUGUGGUUUCUCUCGUCAACUGGUCGCUAUUCUGCGUGAAAACCAAGUCCGUUUCGGUUUCUUCGAUAUCCUUAAAGACAACUCAGUACGACAGGGCCUCAAAACUUUCUCUGACUGGCCAACUUUCCCUCAACUAUAUAUCAAGGGUGAACUCCAGGGAGGCUUGGAUAUUAUCAAGGAGAGCAUCGCUGAGGAUCCAAAAUUCUUUGAGAAUGCUGUAGCUUAA